AGCUCAUUGUAGCGCGCAAUCCUUGCCAUAGAAUGAUGUUACGCAACCUCUAUGCCCGUAUAGUUUGAAAACAUGUCAUUUUAGCAUUCAUGCCACACGUCAUUUCGAAAGCAACACAAAUUACUAUUUUGCAUGUGUUUUGCAUAUUGCAUUAGCUACAUCUAAGGAACUUCUGUAUAUCAUACCAUCUAACUAAACGCUUAGAUAAGUAUACGUAACCAUGAGCCAUUCUAUGAGCAGUGCGCGGAACAUCCAGCUGGUGUUCGAGACGUACCAGAAGGCGCGGCUGGUGUUCGCGCAGUCCAUGGCCGAGCUGGCCACGAGGUCCACCAACACCAAGUGUCUGCAGAACGCCGGUGCCUUGGAGCUGCUAUCGCCCCUGCUGUCGGACACAUGCGCGCAGGUGCGUCAGUGCGCGGCGGUGGCGGCGGCGCGGCUGGCGGAGCACGACGAGGCCGCCGCCAGGACGCUGCUGGACGCCGGCGUCGUGGCGCAGAUCUUGCAGCAGAUCAAUAAGUAUAAUGUUUACUACAAAAGAUCUGCGUUAUAUUUAUUGAGAGCUGUUGCAAGACAUAACGAGGAGUUAGCGUCAAGUGUGGUGCGCCUGGGUGGGCUGGAACAAAUCGUCGCAUGCCUCGAAGACUUUGAUACACAGGUGAAGGAGAACGCGGCGUGGGCGCUGGGCGUCGUGGGCAAGCAGUCGGCGGCGCUGGCAGCGGCGGCGGCGGACGCGGGCGCGCUGCCGCUGCUGCUGCUCGCGCUGCAGGAGCCAGAGAUCUCGCUCAAACAGAUAGCAGUGGGUGCGCUGGCGGACUUGUCCCAACACAUCCCCGAGGCGGUGGCGGACGCGGGCGCCAUCCUCCACAUCGUCCGCACACUCGAAAACCAAGACCCCAAGUUGAAGCGCAGUGUGCUAUGCGCGCUGUCGACACUGUCGUCGGCGCGGCCGGAGCUGGCGGAGGCGGCGGCGGCGGGCGGCGCGCUGCCCCCCGCGCUGCUGCACCUGGGCCACGCCGCCGCGCCCGUGCGCCGCGCCGCCGCCUGCUUCGUGCGGGAUCUCGUCAAGCAUUCUGUCGAUCUGGCGCAGUUGGUGGUGAACUCGGGGGGCUGCGGCCCGCUGGUGGAGCUACUGGCCGCGGGGGGUGCGGCGGGGUGUGCGGGGGGCGCGGCGGUGCCGGCCGCCAUGGCGCUCGGCUUCAUCGCCGGACAGUCCGACCAGCUCGCCAUGGCUGUCAUCGAGGCAAAGGCGGUGCCAGGUCUAGCGAGCAUGCUGCAGGGCGCCGACAGCGAGGAGGCGGCGCUGGCGGCGGCGUGGGCGCUGGGCCACGUGGGCAAGCACUCCCCGCAGCACAGCCUCGCCGUGGCCGUGGCGAAUGUCUUCCCCGCGCUUAUGCAGCUUUACACUGACCCAAAAUCAUCAGCUGAGGUGAAAGGGCGAGCUUGUUGUGCCUUGAAGCAGGUGCUGCAGUGCUGCCUGCACCGCCCCGCCCUGGAGCCCAUGCUGCACGCCGCGCCGCCCAGCAUACUCAAAUAUGUGCUGGCACAGUAUGCCAAAAUACUGCCUAACGAUGCCCAAGCUCGUAGACUAUUUGUUUCCACGGGAGCCUUGAAAAAAGUACAGGAAAUCGAAACCUCACCUGGAACAUCUUUGAUGGAGUAUAAAAAUAUAAUCAACAGCUGUUUCCCGGAAGAAAUAGUUAGGUAUUAUACUCCAGGAUAUUCGGAUGCGUUGCUGGACAGAGUCGAAGCGUAUACCCCUCAGAUUCCUGAACUAUUUACCGACAAAGUGCCCAGUGACUGCCAAAGUGAAAUAACUAUAGAAAAUGGUCAAAAAUAAAAAUGCUUUUCUAUUUCUCCAUGUAUUAUAAUUUAUUGUAAAAUACAAUCUAAAUUGUUUGUUCAUACAAUAAAUUGUUACUACCUUUC